AGUAACCGGGGCUCUGCAGGCAGAUAGACGCAACGAGACAAACAGACAGAGAGAGACAGCAGGUGUCCUCGCUCGUCGUCUCGUUCUCAGCAAUCUGCGCUUUCACUGUUUGUCUCCGAUGGAGGAGAAGGAGUCAGGAGGAGGAGAAGGAGGAGAAGGAGGAUUUUACCGUUCAGCCAAACGACCCCGGACGGAGGAAGAGGAGGAGGCCGAUGCCAGGGAUGUGGAGGAAGGUGAAGAGAAGGAGGAAGAAACGGGCUCCGUCGAGGAGGAUGCAGCGGGGAGCGGAUGCUACGACAGCAGGAGCCGAAGGAGGAAGGACAGUCACCUCAUCCCCCCUUCGCCCGUCGUUCAUGUCCGAGGAUUGUGUGACGCCGUGGUGGAGGCCGACCUGGUGGAAGUGCUUGAAAAGUUUGGCACCAUCUGUUAUGUGAUGAUGAUGCCCUUCAAGCGUCAGGCUCUGGUGGAGUUCGACAGCUUGGAGAGCGCGGAGCGAUGCGUGAGGAGCGGAGGCAGCGAGCCCGUCUUCAUCGCCAACCAGCAGGCCUUCUUCAACUUCUCCACCAGCCAGAGAAUCACCCGACCCACCAACUCAGACGACCCGACCAGCAAAAACAAGGUUCUGCUGCUGUCCAUCCAGAACCCGCUGUACCCCAUCAGCACUGAUGUUUUGUACACUGUGUGCAACCCUGUGGGUAAUGUCCAGCGCAUCGUCAUCUUCAAACGCAACGGCAUUCAGGCCAUGGUGGAAUUUCAAUCCGUGGAAGACGCUCAGAAAGCCAAAAUGGCUCUAAAUGGAGCAGACAUUUACUCCGGCUGCUGCACGCUGAAGAUCGAGUAUGCUCGGCCCAACAGACUGAACGUCGUCCGCAAUGACACCUCCAGCUGGGAUUACACCAAACCCUUCCUCCUGCACCGAGAUCGGGGGAAGGGAAGGCAGCGUCAAGCCAUCCUGGGAGAGCAUCCAUCCAACGGCUACGGCCCUCACUGCCCCCUGCUGCCGCUGCCUCCUAACAGCCGGUACAGGAGAAGCCAUGAGCCGGUGCCGGAGCUGGUUUCCUACAAGCAGCUCGUCCCAAAGACCUUCUCCUCCACCCGUCCCUCCGCCCUGCUGGGCUCCAGCGCCGUCGCCAUGGUAAGCAGCCUCCAUCCCAACGAGAUGAACUGCAGCCGCCUCUUCAACCUCUUCUGUCUCUACGGCAACGUGGAAAAGGUGAAGUUUAUGAAGAGCAUUCCUGGAACGGCGCUGGUGGAGAUGGCGGAUGAGUACGCAGUGGACCGCGCCGUGACCCACCUCAACGGCACCAAGGUGUUCGGGAAGAAACUAAACGUCUGUGUGUCCAGGCAGCAGGCGGUGAUUCCCAGUCAGGUGUUUGAACUGGCCGACGGCAGCAGCAGCUACCAGGACUUCAGUCUGACCAGGAACAAUCGCUUCAGCACCACACACAGCCACAGAAACAUCAUCCAGCCGCCCACCGCUGUGCUGCACUUCUACAACGCCCCGCCCACCCUCAACCAGCAGCAGCUGCUAAAAUUCUGUUCUGAACACAACGCUCCUGCCUUCACCAAGUAUAAAGUCUUUGAUGCCAAACCCAGCUCUAAGACUCUCUCCGGUUUGUUGGAGUUUGACUGUAAAACUGCUGCUGUUGAAGCUUUGAUCAUGCUCAACCACCACCAGUUUAGAAUAGCUGGCAGCUCCAACCCCUUCACCAUUAAACUCUGCUUCUCAACUUCCACGCACCUGUGACCCAGAAUCUAGAUGGUUAUCACAAACACACCUGCAGGAGAGAUAUUUAACUUCUCAACCUGAGAAGGAUGAAGACUUUGUUUUAUUUAUAAAGUGUUUUAUGCUUCUACAUAAUUUUUUUUAAAUAAAAAACAAUAGAUGAAGAGUAGCAACACUUCAGUUUCAAGUCACGCCUUGUUUUCACCAGCUGCAGAUUUGAAUUAGCGUUUCAAAAUGUCAGAAGAAACCAUUGAAGGAUGUUUGAAUUUGAACUGAGAGCAAAGAAUGCUUGUGAUUUAUUUUACUACUGAGGGCAGCAGGAAGCAACAAAAAUAAUCCUCUGGCUAAAAGCUGCAGCUGAAAACUGUUUUAAACACAAGAACAGACAAAUAACAGCUGGAACAUUUGAUUCUGUACAGUAAUACAAAAACAACAUAAGAGUUGGGCUUUUAGGGCAAACCAGUCUGAGAAAGAAGUGGUCAGUUAACAAUACUGGCUUUAAUAUUAUUGUAUCAUUGUCAUAUUUUUAAAAAGGUUGGCCCAGCCAACGCUUCUAUGAUUAAACAGGUUUAGUGUGUAACUUUUCUGUUGUUCCUUUGGUUGUAGAUGUUUUCUGCUGCAUACCUGGGUUACGAAAUAUGACGCUAGCAAAAAUAGGCAACGCAAACUAGAACUGGUGAUCAAUAUUUAUUAUUUAUAUUAUUAUUGUUUAUAAAAUUAUAAAUGUAUAAAUAAUGACCUGUUCGAUGUCAUCUAGGUUUUUAAUUAACUGAGAUGAAGCCCAAAUGUAAAAGCUACUGCUGAGCCAAAAAUUAUUCCACAGAGUCAUUCAUGUUAAAUAAUAUUCCACGGGCCGUUACCUAGCAACCCCAACUCCGGUGCCUAGCAACCUAAGCUAAGUUCCAGCACGAUCGCUUAGCUGGUUUUACCGACGUAGUCGUAAAAUGGCGUACACAGUAAAUUUGUUGUUGGCUUACCGUCCACAAACUACUUGUUAUAUUCUUGUUGGUUGUGCAGGAGGGUCUUUUUCCGCUUUUCAAAAAUGUAUGGUUGUAUAAUUGCGCAUGUGAUGGCAGCCAUUUUCAUGUGCGAAUGUAAACGUUGAGAUUGGGGCGUGGCCAGCAGUAGCUUAUUCUGAUUUAAAGUGACAAGACGCCCUAAAACAGAACAACUGGGCAGGCUAAAAUCUCAUUAUCUAAGAAUAAUUUUUCUAUGAUUAGGCUGAUUAGGUCUAUCCUAAUCAGCUCCGUUUUUAUGUUUCUUCUGGUUUAAAAAUAUUACUGACGUUUUUGAGCAUCCCAGUCAGAAUAACUGAUUAAUGAGAAGUGUAUAAAUAAUUUUGGCAUGUUUUUUGUUAAAAUGUAAAUAAAACACAUAUAUUGUCUUAGUA